AUGUUCGAAUCGCCGCGUGAAACACAAUCCUCAAAGGCCAAGGCCUCGAGCAUGACUUUGCCUCCUAUCUCCCAGAGUGCCGACAAGAGCACCAUUUGCAAACGUCUGGGGAUCAACGAUCGCGUCCACAGGUUACUUCUUAAAGAAGCCGAAGCUGCUCGUGACGCGUUGAGCAGAAACCCGUAUAGCUUGACAGAACACUCAAGAGCAGAUCCUUCUGUAGCGGAGCCCUACAGGUGGGACGAGAUAUCGGAAACUGCGAAGCACUCGCACGUCUUGCUGGUAGUUCGCAGUGCUUCCGAUGAAACACGAAAGUGCUACGAACUCGGGCGUUAUCAGACACAGGUCAAUGAAGAAAACUGGGUGGCCAGGUGGUACCUCUGGCAUAGCUUUCGCUAUAGGGACAAUAGGCCGAGAGAUAGAGUCCCAAACACCAGUAGUGCCCCACGUGGUGGAGGUGAGUGCCCAUAUGUACUAGGACACAGCUAUACUAUGAUCCAGCUCGUGACUAUUACCGCAGAUGAGGUCCAGUCCAUACACCACUCUCAAAAUGACGACAGUAGUAUAAAGGAGAAGAACGCAAGUCUGCGACGGCACCUGCCUUUGUAG